GGCUUCAGUCGCGCGUGGUCCACGUCGAAUCGCGCAUAUCUCGGGCUCUCGACCUACGGAAAAGAGAGAAAGAGUGUGUCGUUGGAAGAGACGUUCCUCGGUCGGAUAUUCAGGAUUCUCGUUUUCGCCUGCUGUGUUGGACGCUCUACGACUCGCUAGAUCUCAGCCUACAUUCGCCGAGCACCCGUCGUCGUCCAACACUCGCCCAUGAGGCGGGCACGCGGGUAUCGAGAGAGCGAGAGGGCUCGGAUCGAUCUUUGGUUCCUCGAUUAGAUGCACCCACUGCAAGUUGCUUGAUUUUACUAUAACGCGCAUCGUCGUUUCGGCAGCUCAUCUGGAAGUCGCGCGAAGUCCUUACAUUAUCGGGAAAGAUAGCGAUGCAAAUCUUUUCAUCGAUGUUGGAUAAUUAGAUCGAUUCGUGGCAUUUCAUUUCAAACGAUCAUUUCCCGGGCGGUCGAUCCGCUUCUCGAGGACUCUCAGCGGGAUCACGGGGCUAUAUGUUCGUGUACGAACUUGCAGAAUUCUCUCUCACACGGCGAAGAAUAAGCGAAAGGAUUUCUCUCCGAGUGUUCAUCGUGUGAAGCGUUUAGGGAGGAGUGACGUUUACAUAAAAUUGUGCGAAGCGUAACGCCGCGACGAGAAUCAUGGCUACCACGGAGGUUUUCCAGGACUGGGAUUCUCCUUACGAGAAUCUCAACACGAUGAGGACCACUACUAGAAAAACUACGAAAACCACCACCAGAACGGAGACUUCCUCGUCCACCAAGACAACCACCAUGACGACAGCAGCCAAGUUGUACGGCAAGGACCUCAGUGAGUACGAUGACAUUGACGUGGACGAGCUGUUGGCACAACUCACACCUGAGGAGAUCAAUAUACUCGCCAAGGAAGUAGAUCCUGAUGACAGCUUUAUGCCACCUUCGCAACGUUGCAGUUACGAAUGUGACAAGAGUCCCACAGGACCGCUAAAUCGAAAGAAACUCAUCGAGCAUAUUAACAAGCAGGCUCUGGAGACGCCUGAUAUUCCAGAGCUGAAGCCAUAUGUACCUGGUGUGAUCAGAGGCAAGAAAUGGGUACCUCCGCCGCAAGACAACGUGAAAGAGAAAGAGGCGGAGGAACAGAUCGCGAUAGAUCUCGGGGACGAGUACGAACAAGCGCUCUCGGCAGCCACCCAAGAAGAAAUCAUCGAUCUUGCUGCUAUUCUUGGAUUCCAUUCCAUGAUGAAUCAAGAUCAAUAUCACGCGUCCUUAUUGAACACCGGACAGCCGAUUGGACUCGGCUGGGACGGCGUGACGAAGGCUAGUCAACCUAAGGUCUAUCCCAUGGAACCGCCUAACGACACUGACGUCGACGCCACCAUCAAACAAGUGCGCGACGACGACUCUACUCUGACUGACUUGAAUUGGAACAAUAUUAAAAAUAUCUCAGACGAGAAGUUCAUGCAGUUGUUCGAAGGACUGGAAAUGAACACGCAUCUAGAAUCGCUGAGUCUAACCAACGUCGGGCUGAACGACAAGACUGCGCAACGGCUGGCAGACGCUGUAGAGAAGAAUUCGACACUCAGAGUACUCAACGUGGAGACAAACUUCAUAAGUCCGCCUGUGAUAGUAAGGCUCAUCAGAGCCCUUCUCAAGACAAAAUCCAUUGAAGAGUUCCGAUGCUCGAAUCAGAGGUCACAGGUGUUGGGCAACAAAAUUGAGAUGGAGAUCACACAGUUGGUGGAACAAAACCCGACGUUGCUGCGACUCGGGUUGCACCUGGAGUUCAAUGACGCUAGACAUCGCGUAGCUGCGCAUCUGCAACGCAACAUUGAUAGGAUCUGCCGUGCGGAACCCAUGGAACGCGCUAAGGUCGUAGCAAUCGGUACUGGUGCUGGAAACUUCACCGUUCUCUCCGUAGAUGACUUAAAAAACCGAACAUAGCGCUGUCGCGGCGCAUACGGCAGUCCCGGCUCGGGGUGGCGACAUCUUAACGCGAAGUGGCGUUCGCCUAGAUCGCCUGCGUCGCAUGGGAAGAGCCUCUCGCAACUAUACCAUUGGCUGGGCCAUGCGCUGAUGAUCGCCGCGACGAUGGCAACGACAACGACGAAGAUGACGGCGCUGACGACGACGAUAACACGGUGAGACGCCGAUGAUCGCGCGAGUUCAACAAGCACACCGCCAUCAGACGGCUCCCGCACACACGCAUACAAACACAUACAUUCUACACACACACACAUACACACACACACACACACACACACACACACACACACAUACACGCGUUAUCGUUGAAUCCUUGGAUCCUGCGGAGCACAGGAGGAUCUCUGCACGCGCACGGAUCGCGGGAUCCUCUCCGAGUCCUCCGAGACGCCGUGGACGCUCGUGGAUCCUCUAGGAUCCUUAAUUCGCCUCUUGCGCAUCCUUUUGGCUCUCAGGACCCCUUUGCUCCUUGAACUUCUGCGAGGAUCCUGAUCACACUCGGUGAGCCACCUUGAGAGCCUUUUUCGGCGCGCGGAGGAGACGGACGCGGAUGGAGAGCCGCGGAAAGCUUCGCGAAAAAAACACAUGACAAAUUAACACAUGGAUGUCUCUCGUCUUUGUUGUUCUCCAAAUGCUUGUAUACAUCUAAAUAUAUAAAUAAAUAAAUAAAUAUAUAUAUAUAUAUAUAUUUAUUUAUAUAUAUAUUGCCGCACCAGAGAUCUAUGUAUCACGCGAACAACACUCCAGUGCGGCUUCUCGCGGCGUCACGAUGUAAUAUAUA